AUGGACCCUUUGUCUCUGGUGGCCGAACACUGCGGCGAUUCCGGACACACGUUCGCCUUUCAGCACGUCAAAAUUCUGGGCCGAGGAAGCGACCGCAUAGCCAGGGAAACAAUCGAGGCUUGGCACACAGGGACAACCUCCAUCAACCGUUGUGUGGCUCUACCCGCUGCCUAUCAAGCCCUUCGAGCACAGCUCAGUAAACAAAUGAGCAGACGUGAACCCAGGCUAAACACGAAUCCAGACAUGAGUGGGUCCAUGGCGGAUGCACACUCAGCCACCCCUCAACCUGGUUCCGACGAAGGCGCAGUCGUCACCACAGCCGUUCCAUCUACUAGUCCGGCGGACGAGAAAACGGACAGUCGUUGCGGCGCAAACAAGAUUGCCAGCCUUGGACGACAGUUAAGGUCAACGAAGGUACGGGCGACGACCACCAACGUCUCAACGCCGGCCCCCGAUGUAGAUUGA